UGACGUGAUGGAAAUAAAUCAAAAGAUUUUAUGCCAAUACGUAAAUAAAUAAAUACACAUCCUUGUCGUGGCAGUUGGCGAUGCCCCGAGAUGCCUCCAGGCAUACGCUAAAGCCAAGCGUUCCUAACUCUCUGCCGGCCGGAACGACCCUUCGUUCUGGCAACUGAGUCUUGUUGUCCAGUCGAGACUUGUUUUCAAAGCCUUCGAGUAGCCUGGAGCUGUUAAAGGCCGAAUACAUUUAUCCAUCAAGUCUCGUUGGUGAAAAAAAUUCUCAACUGACCGACACCUUUUCCUUCCCAUCACUAUCAGGAUCAAUUUUGUAUUCUCUUGAACGAACCUCAGUCAAUUUUAUUCAAUCUUUAUAUCAUGAAUACUAACAAUACUUUGGCCCCUGCUGGCACCCCCUCGAGAUCCUCAGUAACUCCAAAAUCUCAGUUGACCGAUCAAGCUUCGACAGACGACCAAGUUCCCAGCCCGACUUCCCCUGAAAUUGAAUUACCCAGUCUAAUCUUCGCCAUCCCGUUUCCUCGGGCUGUCGAAGGCUACCAGGCAACCAAAGAGACUCCUCCUUUUCUACUUUAUACUUUCCCUCGUUCGGUGUACGAAAAACCUCCUAAAGAUCCAGUAACCGGCAAACGAAACGAGAAACUUUUGAAAAAAGUCGAGCGCAAAUGGCAAGAAGAAGUCAAGGAAGGUGAAGAUAUUAAGAGAGGUGAGGUGAAAGAAGCGGGUGUAUGGCCAAGGUUUAAAGGUGCACUCAUUCGCGAUGCAGCAGCGGCUAUUAAAUAUAUGCCUUCCAACGCGAUGGAGGCUCUGGCGCGCUUACCACCCAAAACAAAACUUGGCAAGCUUACGAUCGUUUAUCCGGUCUCAACAAACUCCUCACAUGUUAUAGAUGUAAAUUAUCAGGGUGAAAAUGAAAUAGAAGAGAACUUUCUAAAUCUCUUGUAUAAAGCUAGGAAGAAGGCACGAACACAAACUCUUAUAUCAGGAUGUCUACUGCCGUUAACAUUGGCAAUUGACGUUUUCGUAGUCGUGCCAUUAUUUUUAUUUGAGAUCAACCUGGCAUAUUUUUCCGUCCAAGUGUCAGGAGUGCAAAAGGCGGGACUUCUCUCGGAUUUCGAGAAAAAGAAAACGACUAAGCAUGUAUCGGACAGGUCUUCUCACCGCAGGAAUGACGAAAUCACCACGGAUGAAUGCCCGGAAGAAGAUGAGAGGGCUCGCUCUCCAUUCGAUUUUGAAGUCGCUAAACCUGGAACAUUCGACCGGACGAUCGAACAUCUAUACAACAUUUGCUCCGAGCUAGAUCCUCUCAAGUUCCCCCUGAAGGACAGCUUACCGAUGCCGACAUACUUACCAAGCAAAGAUAUCGCUACAACGCUGGUCGAAAUAUUCAAAGAAUCCCUACCUCAAGAAGUUAUGACUCGACAUGUACUUGAUGAGCAACUUGCUGCAGAAGACUUGGAUCGUGCACUCAGAAAAGCUGCAAAAGAAUAUGUGAACUCUAUCAAAGGUAUCAAUGAGAGCAAUACCUGCGCCAUACAAGAAUUCUUUGCACGAAAGUACUAAAGCAGCAAGACUUGAACCCAGGACGCCUAGAUGGACCUUUCUCCAAGUAUAACAAUAGAACUCAUUCAUAUUCUGUGCCGGCCUUUUUUUCAAUUUUGAUGAUUUUUCUACAAGCUAACAAACUCAUAAGAAUGCCUGUAUUGCUAGUUGACCUUUUUGUGUGUAUUCCAAUUUUAUGUAAAUAUCGGUUCAAAACUUCCUAAAAUGUUAAAAAACUUAUUUUCAUAGGGUGCACCAGUAUAUAAGUUGA